AUGGAUGCCUCAGCUAUGAACUCAAGAAACUCACACCAAAUCAUCAACAAAGUUAACGAGCAAUUGAGCAAAUUCAGGGAUUCUGAAGCCACAUCUUCUUUACUAUGCCAUAGGCUUGGUGCCCUUCAAGUUUUAUAUGAUUAUGUUGAUAAAAUGCUUCUUUUGCCUCACUCCCAACAAGCUUUAACUCAAGGGAGUGAUAAGGAAGUGUUGGAUGACUUACUAGAAGGAUCUCUCGAGCUGCUCGACUUGUGUGAUACGGCUAAGAACGGCUUGUUGCAAACCAUGGAAUGUACUCGUGAGCUCGAGUCGAUUUUGCGUCGAAGGCGAGGUGACGUUUGUAGCUCUAGUUCACUUCAGAAGUCAAGGAAGUUGAUAAAGAAAACAAUCCAUAAAGCCUUGAAGGGAAUGGAAGGCAAACAUUUCUACAAAGAUCAUGGAAGUUCAACCAUUGUGAACUUGAUUAAAGAGGUUGAAGCAAUGACAUACCAUAGUAUAGAGUUGUUAUUGUUCUUCAUAGCAGGAACAAAGUUGAUAUCAAAAUGGAGCUGCUGGGCUUCAUUUUCCAAGCUUGUUCAACCCAAAAGAGUAGCAUGCAUAAGCGAAGAAACAAACAUAAGUGUAAUACAAAGAUUGGACUUGAUAUUAAGUUCAAUUAGCAAUCACCAAACAGAGGUUGAAGAUAUGCAGAACUUGGUGAGGGAGUGUGGGGCAAGCAUUAAGGAAGUUGAUGAAGAACUUGAGGGUCUUUAUAGGUUCAUAAUCAAAACAAGAGUGUCUCUUCUUAACAUCUUCAACUACUAA